CUCAGCCUACAGACAGCCGUACUACUCGCCGUACUAAGUACUAGGGUAGACGAGAAAUACAGAAAUACACACGGCGACCGGACAUACUUUAGUCCGACAGUUGCUGUGUCCAUCACCUGGCAUCCCUGCCAAUCAAUGGAGAUUCCCGUAGUUAGGUAGUCGACAUCCAACGAAAGCGAAGCAACAACUCAGACUAAACAACCUACAAACGCGCCUCAUCAACCACCGAACCCAACCUAUCAUUCCCAUCCACGACUUCUACAGUGCUCACAGUCCUCUGCCUCAUCACAGCCUGCUAGCGACGAUCUCAAUAAAUCUGCAAAGCGUCGUCAAAGGUAUCCUUACAGCACGAGGAGAGCUAUGGCGGACGCGGCUGUCGAGAACCCUGCGACACAGGUGUUGCCUCACAGGAAGCAGCUGCCAUCGUCCAUUCCAAACAUCGAUUCGUUAGAAGGGCUGGCCACGGAUGGAAGCGAUGAGUAUUCGACGCUGAAGAAGCUUCAGAGGCACUUGGAGUAUAUCCAGCUUCAAGAGGAAUACAUCAAGGAUGAACAGAGGAGUUUAAAGAGAGAGCUGGUCAGGGCACAGGAGGAGAUCAAGCGCAUUCAGAGUGUGCCUCUUGUUAUUGGGCAGUUUAUGGAAGCUAUAGAUCAGAACACCGGUAUCGUACAAUCAUCAACAGGCUCCAACUAUGUCGUACGAAUCCUCUCGACCCUCGACCGCGAGUUGCUCAAGCCAUCGUCAUCCGUCGCCCUCCAUCGCCACUCCAACGCCCUUGUCGACAUUCUUCCCCCGGAGGCGGACUCCUCCAUCGCCAUGCUCGGCGCACACGAGAAGCCCGAUGUCACAUACGCAGAUGUAGGAGGUUUAGAUAUGCAGAAGCAGGAGAUCAGAGAGGCUGUUGAGCUUCCUCUGACGCACUUCGAUCUCUACAGACAAAUUGGUAUCGACCCACCGCGCGGUGUGCUGCUCUACGGCCCACCAGGAACGGGAAAGACUAUGCUUGUCAAGGCCGUUGCGAAUUCUACCACUGCCAACUUCAUCCGUGUUGUUGGUUCCGAGUUCGUCCAGAAGUACUUGGGUGAGGGUCCUCGUAUGGUCCGCGACGUGUUCCGCAUGGCCCGCGAGAACUCCCCAGCAAUCAUCUUCAUUGAUGAGAUUGACGCCAUUGCCACGAAGCGUUUCGAUGCCCAGACUGGUGCCGACAGAGAAGUCCAGCGUAUCUUGCUUGAGCUUCUCAACCAAAUGGAUGGUUUCGAUCAGACCUCCAACGUCAAGGUCAUCAUGGCCACCAACAGAGCGGAUACACUUGAUCCCGCUCUUCUGAGACCUGGACGUUUGGACAGGAAGAUCGAGUUCCCUAACCUGAGGGAUAGACGUGAGAGACGCCUGAUCUUCACCACCAUCGCGAGCAAGAUGAGUCUUUCUCCCGAGGUGGAUCUCGACAGCUUGAUCAUCAGAAACGACCCGCUCAGCGGUGCGAUCAUCGCUGCCAUCAUGCAGGAAGCUGGACUGAGGGCGGUCAGGAAGAACAGGUAUAAUAUUAUUCAGAGCGAUUUGGAGGAUGCAUACUCAAGCCAGGUCAAGGCUGGGGCGGAGAAGGAUAAGUUCGCAUUCUACACCUAAACGAGGCAUGGCAUUUGCAUUGGAGAAUACUGGGCUUGUAAUAUUAUAGGAGUAGAGAAUGGAAUGGCGUGGAUAUUCAAGAC